UGAGCCUGCAGUGUUGUUGUGACCGCUGAAAAUGGCUGCCCAGUGUUUUGGAAGGAGGCUUCAACACUCGUUCCUUGUUUUGGAAAAACUUCAAGGACUAUUUGGGGAUUGUGCUACUGAAGUUUCUAGAUCUGUUCGAAGAUUUUCCAGUGUCAAGGCUCAUGCACUUGUUUAUAAGGAACAUGGAGACCCAAGUAAAGUUUUGAGCCUUGACUUUGUAGACAGAGAAGUUAUUGAUCCAAAUUCUGUAGGUGUGCACAUGAUAGCAGCACCUGUAAACCCUGCCGACAUCAACCAGAUACAAGGUACCUAUGCCAUCAAACCAAAGCUACCUGCCGUAGGGGGAAAUGAAGGCUUUGGUCAAGUUAUCAAAGUUGGCAAAGAAGUCAAAGAUGUCAAAGAAGGAGAUUAUGUUAUUUUGGCUGAAAACUCAUUAGGUUCUUGGUCAAGAUACCUGGUAUUGACAGAGCAUGACGUAAUUCAAAUACCAGGCAAUGUGACAGUAGAGUUUGCGGCAACAUUGGCUGUAAACCCUUGCACUGCUUACAGAAUGUUAAAAGAUUUUGAGCAAUUAAAAGCAGGUAGUACCAUUAUUCAAAAUGGUGCAAAUAGUGGUGUAGGACGAGCAGUCAUCCAGCUUGCUGCUGCAUGGGGAAUCAAGUCCAUUAAUAUUGUGAGAGACAGGCCAAAUUUGGAGGAGCUUCAGAAAGAACUGACCGGCCUUGGUGCAACGCAUGUUGUUACAGAAGAAUUCUGUAGAACUCCUGACAUGACUAAACUAUUAAAGGAUCUGCAACGACCUAAACUUGGCUUCAAUUGUGUUGGUGGAAAAAGUGCAACAGAGUUGACUAGGCGCUUAAGUCCACAGGGUACACUUGUAACGUAUGGAGGAAUGUCAAAACAGCCUUUUGCUGUACCAACAGGCUCUCUCAUCUUCAAUGAUAUAAGGAUUCGAGGCUUCUGGAUGAGUGGAUGGAACAAACACAAUGCAAAAA